UCUCCAUACGUCUUUUCUGUGCUCCGGGUUGGGCGCUGAAAUUCCCUGAAUUGACAGCUCUAAGCAGAGGAUGUUUCCAGCACUGGGGCAAGGAGGAGUUUAUUUCCCCUCUGCCUCACAGGACCAGCCUAAUAUACCACAUGGCCUGGUGUAAUAUUGGAGGUGGGGGACGGGGAGAGCCCAGUGCUGUGUCUGUAUUGAACAAGACAGUUGAUCCAAGCUUGGCUCCCAAAAGCUUGGGUCUGGCUUUGCCGUGGAGCAUCGCCUGCCUCGUGCCCGCUGUGGAGCUCCUCGGUGGCAAAGGCGAUUCUCAAGCCAUUCCUGAAGUGGUGGCAUUCGUCUCCCCUGCCUUGGGUAGGUUGGCAGCACUGGGGGCUCAAACCUGCCCUCCUACACCAGCCAGCAUGGAUUUGGAAAGUUGUUCUUCGUGGUGACAUCCUGAGCUCACCCUCCCCUCUUUUCUCUUCUCUCCAGGAAACAUGCUUUAAACUGCCACAGGAUGAAGCCGGCGCUUUUUAAUGUCUUGUGUGAAAUCAAAGAAAAAACAGUGCUGAGCAUCCGGGGGGCGCAGGAGGAGGAGCCCACGGACCCGCAGCUGAUGAGGUUAGACAACAUGCUGCUGGCAGAGGGGGUGGCGGGCCCCGAGAAGGGAGGGGGCUCGGCCGCCGCUGCCGCCGCCGCCGCCGCCUCCGGGGGAGCCGGCUCCGACAACUCGGUGGAGCACUCUGACUACAGAGCCAAGCUCUCCCAGAUCCGACAGAUCUACCACACGGAGCUGGAGAAGUACGAGCAGGCGUGCAACGAGUUCACCACGCACGUGAUGAACCUGCUGCGGGAGCAGAGCCGGACCCGGCCCAUCUCGCCCAAGGAGAUCGAGCGCAUGGUCAGCAUCAUCCACCGCAAGUUCAGCUCCAUCCAGAUGCAGCUGAAGCAGAGCACGUGCGAGGCCGUCAUGAUCCUGCGCUCGCGGUUCCUGGACGCACGGCGGAAGAGACGAAACUUCAACAAGCAAGCCACGGAAAUCCUGAAUGAGUAUUUCUAUUCCCAUCUCAGCAACCCUUAUCCCAGUGAGGAAGCCAAAGAAGAGCUAGCCAAGAAAUGUGGCAUCACAGUCUCACAGGUAUCAAACUGGUUUGGAAAUAAGAGAAUCCGGUACAAGAAGAACAUAGGUAAAUUUCAAGAGGAAGCCAAUAUUUAUGCUGCCAAAACGGCUGUCACGGCUACCAACGUGUCAGCCCAUGGAAGCCAGGCUAACUCACCCUCAACUCCCAAUUCAGCUGGUUCUUCCAGUUCUUUUAACAUGUCAAACUCUGGAGAUUUGUUCAUGAGCGUGCAGUCUCUCAAUGGGGAUUCUUACCAAGGGGCCCAGGUUGGAGCCAACGUGCAGUCACAGGUGGAUACCCUUCGCCAUGUUAUCAGCCAGACAGGAGGAUACAGUGACGGACUCGCGGCAAGUCAGAUGUAUAGUCCGCAGGGCAUCAGUGCUAAUGGAGGUUGGCAAGACGCUACUACCCCAUCGUCGGUGACCUCCCCCACAGAAGGCCCUGGCAGCGUUCACUCUGAUACCUCCAACUGAUCUCCCAGCAAAUUGCAUCCCUGGCUGAGCCGGCCCCGGCGGGGCGGGAGGGGAGGGGGCCUCUCCUAACACCGCAGCAGUCAGACUGGAGGUGAACCCAAUCAGCACACACAAGAAGACUCCUUCUCUUCUCUUCUCUUCGUCGGGAUGCUUUUUUCAGCCAAUCUGGACACUUCUUUAUACUCUCUUCCCUUUCUUUUCUGGGUAGAAGCCGCUCUCCCCCUCCCCGCCACUCCCACAACACCACUCCCUUCCCCUCCCCGCUUCCCACCCAAGGUAGAAGGAUUUUAAGGAGGAAAAGCAAAAAUCCACCACCACCACCACACAAGCCGACCCCAGAGCAGUGUACAGCCUCAUGCUGGGUGUCUUUUUGAGGAGCUACAAAUGUACCUCAGUCACAUCUCCCUCGCUAGCAGGCAGCCCCCUGCCCCCUUCCUUUCACGCUACCUCUCCGUCGGGAAUUGCCACCGCAGGGAAUCUGCUCCCGCCUGGUCUCCGCACGUCCCUCGGGUGCUGCAGGGACAGGGCAGGUGGCACAGCCCCCGUGCACCUGGAAGGAGCCAGCGUGCUCCCCCUCACUUCCCAAAAGGUACUGUUCCCAUUCCCAGCCCCGGGGGAACUUCCCAGUGCCAGCCCUACUCGGCCAAGCAUCCCUCCCGCUGGCUGCUGUGGUCUGGGUGAGCCGUGCAACCCUGCUGUCCUGCCUGCCUUUGCUGGAGGGGAGAAGAGGAGGGAAGGAAGGGAGGCAGAGGCAGGUGAGAAGCAGCCAUCACUGACAGCAGAGGUGCUGACACCUCCACGGAGCUGUGUGGGAUCAGGCAUGGACGGCCGAUGGGACACCAGCACUUCUCUGACAGCACCUGGAGAGGCUGGUGCUGGAGUUCUGCUGCUCAUAGGGUGCUGGCUCCUGUUUCCAGGAGGAGCUGGGUUCCCCAGCUCAGGCAGGACCUGCAGAGAUUUGUGCCACCCUCUGCAUUCCCAAAGCCCUGCCAAGCCAGCAGUGAGGGGUGGGCAGCAGAGUGCCAGGGGCUGGAAGCACUGGGGUGUCUUGGGUGUUUUUGGUAGUGCUUCACCCCACAGGUUUGCUCUGUAGGACGGGUGGCUGCCCCACUGGAGGAUGUCUGUGUGCUGAAGCUGCUGGUUUCACCCCAGGAGUCACCUGGGCAGUGGCCAUGGAAGAACUCAUGGGACUUUCUGCCCAGCUUUUCUGGUCCACUGUUGGGACAGGCAGUGGUGGCUGGCAAGCGAGGCUUCAUCCUGCCCCUUCAGGCUGGUGCUGGGAGGACGUGGCUGUCGUGGAAGAGCAGGAAGAGGCAGCACCAGUUUCCCUGGGCAGCGGGCUGAGCCUCGUGCCAGGGUGGGACUUCUGGCCAUCGGUUCUUUCUGUGGGCACGAGGAGGCUGAGCCAGCCUGCAUCAGGACCCUGGGUGUGGUGGGGACUGGCGUGGGUGCAGGAUGUCUGGCACCUCGUGGUGGAUCCCAGGAUCCCUUGGGAUCAGUGCCUCACACUGUUGAAUGUCCGUGCCCACCCUGCUCGUGCUGGUCUCGAGGUGGGAACUGCCAGCACAGAGCAGCGUUUAGCAGAAACCAUUGUAAACUAGAGCUCUGCCAAAAAGAUUUCCACCCUUCUGCUGGAAAAAAUAGCGUCCCUUGGCCUGCAGGGCACAGUGGUGCUGUGGCCACAGCUGAAGCACGCUGUCACCUUGUGCCCAGCAGUGACACUUCUGCUUCUUUGGCAUGCAUGCCAGGAGUGGGGACCCUGUGGCAGAGCGGGAUGUGACACGAGGGC